GAACUGAUUGGGAAAAUGAUAUUAAAGCCGUUGGAAGUAGAGGAAGGGACAGAGAUAAGAAUCGCAUUGCCCGAUGUCAUCGAACAAUUGACAACAAAAUUAUAUGCGUCACGACAAUUUAAGAAAUCUGAGAGGUCAAUGUCGGAAUGGGGCAGUUUCUUUUGCCGUUUCCACCCGACCGAACUAGUUCUCGCCUGCGGUGUUGAUGAUAAAUUGAUUUUAUUAUCUGCGGAUAAUUCUUCCAUUCCUUUUUCAAAUUGGAAGGAAAAGUUACCUCGUCAACUGGAAACUGGGAUUUCUGGAAAAUAUGAAAGAAUAGAAUGGAAUGCAGACGGAACCCAAUUGGCUGCCGUCUCCCUUGAAGGUGACGUCAUCGUGUGGAGUUAUCCGGAUGGAAAAAUUCUCUUUCAACAGAAAUUAAACGGAGCAGGGAUGAAUCGAAUCGAGUGGAAUUCCUUCAGGCCAAACGUGUUCGCUACUUUUCACGUAAGUUGUUUGCUUCCACUUUGUUUAUUCCGCGCUGAUCUCCCCACAUCCUACGAAAUAUUCGACCAAUCCUAUAUUUAAUUUGUAUUACGUUCAAUUAACACUGUAACACAU